GCGAGCACACAUCCCGCACGUAGCCGGCGCGUUAAUCAGCGCGGGGCCAUCUGCCGCCCCUCCUGCCGGGGCGGGGGCUGCCCGCGCCCUUCCCGCCCACCCUGGGCCGCUCCCGCACACUGCCGGGGCGCCGGCGGCGGCAGCAGCAGCAGCAGCGCGGGGCUUCGGCAGCACCGCCGCUCCCGCAGCGCCGGGCCGCGGUGCGUAGCCGAGCCCGCAGCGGCGAAAGUUUUGCCUCGCCUCGCCUCGCCUGGCGUCGCGCCGCGGCGGAGCCCCUGCCCGGCUGGGCCUGGAGCGGACGGCGGCCCCGCGGGCAUCGCCUCCUAGCGCGGGCGCCGGCGGAGCAGCGGCGCACCCGUCCCCGCCGCGCCAUGCCGCUGGGGCACAUCAUGAGGCUGGACCUGGAGAGAAUCGCCCUGGAGUACGUCGUGCCCUGCUUGCACGACAUCGGCUUCUGCUACCUGGACAACUUCUUGGGGGAGGUGGUGGGGGACUGCGUGCUGGAGCGGGUGAAGCGGAUGCACCGCGACGGGGAACUGGCCGACGGGCAGCUGGCCGGCCCCAGCCGCGGCGUCGCCAAGCGGCACCUCCGCGGCGACCAGAUCAAGUGGAUCGGAGGCACGGAGGAGGGCUGCGAGGCCAUCAACUUUCUCCUCACGCUGAUAGACCGGCUGGUGAUGUACUGCGGGAGCCGGCUCGGCAAGUACUACGUGAAAGAGCGAUCCAAGGCUAUGGUUGCUUGCUAUCCUGGGAAUGGAACUGGGUACGUUCGUCAUGUGGACAAUCCAAAUGGUGACGGGCGCUGCAUCACCUGUAUUUAUUACCUGAAUAAGAACUGGGACUCCAAGCUGCAUGGUGGAAUUCUUCGAAUAUUCCCCGAAGGAAAGUCCUAUGUAGCAGAUGUUGAGCCAAUUUUUGACCGAUUACUUUUUUUUUGGUCAGAUCGAAGGAACCCACAUGAAGUCCAGCCUUCUUAUGCAACCAGAUAUGCCAUGACCGUGUGGUAUUUUGAUGCCGAAGAAAGAGCAGAAGCCAAAAAGAAGUUCAGGAACUUAACUGAUGCAAGGAAGAGAGAAGCACCUCUUAAUGAAGACUAAUCAACUGCUCAUGAACUCUUUGUGAGGAAAUAAGAUCCCAAAGAUGACUUCCAUUUCCAGCGAAUAAGGGCAAAACAUUUUUAUGCACAAGUAUGCACCGGUUGUGUCUAGCACGUGCAUCUCAUGCUGAUGGUACUUAAGGCAGCCUCCUGUCAUGCUGCAUCUGGUAGAAGAAAGACUUGUUUGCUCUUUGCUUUUUGCUGGAAAAAAUAACCAGGGUUAAAAAAAAAAAGGGUAUGUGAUGCUCAAGCCUAGUGGUAGUGGCUCAGCCAAUUGGCUUUUGAUCACUCUUGUAACUAAGAUAAUGGUCAUUGGAACUAGUGGUAAAAAACUGAGUCUUAUUUGCACUUUAUGGGGGAAAAAACGUUCUAGUUAAAUGGGAAGAAGCCUUGCAAGUUUAAAAUCAGUUGGCAGACUGCUGACAGGCACAGAGGGAUAUUUGACAUGGGAAAUUAAAUUGGAUGUUUGUAGAGCAUUUUACAGUCUGUCCCAAAUGGACCUGUUGAUGUAUUGUUCAUCACUUUGCUGUGCAGAACAUUGGUUCAGCUCUUCAGAAACAUGUAGAUGUUUGUCUACACAGUCAUUGCAUUUUCUGGAUUUUGUUUGCUCUUCAAGAGGCUCAUUCUAGCUCUGCAGCUGUACUGCCCUUUCUGUCCCAGGACCAAGGGGAAAGUAGUUAUGCAUCUGUUCACACUUCAUAAAACCAUUCUUUAUGUUUUGAGCAGGAUGGGUUGUAUGUGUUCUAUUUUCACAGUUUGGUAAAGCAGCUGUUUUCUCCCAAAAAUCUGGUAAACUUGAAAGGCUUAUGGCACACAAUGCAUUGGCCCUUAAGGCCAGUGAUAUGUAGAGAAGUGUUUGCUUUGUGACUUCUCCAUCUGCUGUGUUCUGUAUGACAUAGGUAUGAAUCUGAAAGGGAAAGAUAUGUCUGGCAGUCUGACAAAUAUAUGAUAAAUAAUGGGUAACUUAGACCUGAUUUUUAUGCUGCAUAGUCUUAGUGAACACACUUGUUUAAUUUUGCAUGCAUAUGUAAUUUGAAUGAAACUGCAAUUCUGUUUCAAUUGAUCUGUGAUGGCAGGUAACUACUGCUGCUAUGCCCAGGCUGUGAGAUCAGAGUUAUUCAAUGGCAAAGCACACAUUUUUUCCCUCCAUUAUUUUUUUAAAACUUAUUAGACUCAAUGAGUAACUGGCGGCCUAUUCCCAAUCUGUCUAAACUUCUACAACCAGCACUUACUAUGCAGUUCAGAAUAGCUCUUAAUGAAGCUGGGAUCUGGCAGUGGAUGUAUUUAUCACUCACACUAAUUGUUCUCAGCCUAAUACACUCACUUGCAGCAUUCAUUUUUAACUCAUGCUGUCAGUGUGUAUGUCAGACCCUACUAAAUGUUCUAAAUAGGUGUCCCCUUCAGUGUCCCAUAUUUUCCUGUGCCACCUGCCCAUGCUGGUGAGGGUGGUGCGUCUGAACCACCGGCCCUUGCACCGCUUCCCCACGCUCUGCUGCAUUGUUGUGCUGUGAUGGGCUGCUCUUGAGCUAGGGAGUGCAAAAGUAGUGUGCAAUGGCAGCUAUUAAAUGUCUGUGAUAGAAAGGUAACAGCUGCAUAGGACAGAAGAGAAGUAACUUCCAUGACAUAAAAAUGAUAAUAGAAAAUGGAGUAUUUUUUAAAGCAGUUUUGUGUCUUAAAGAAAAGCUGAUCAUCCUCCAGCCUGCCAUGAAUGCUGAAUGUAAAUACAGCAGUGCUAAGAAGCCCCUUAUUCUCUCUGGCUUCUCCCAGAGAUCCAGCUAUGGUUGUAUAGGCCUGAGCACUGUGCACCCUAAGAGAGGAGUAUGAGGGAACAUGUGUGACUUAAUAUCCUUACAACUAGAAAAAGACAAAGAACAUGAUAAAUGUCCUUUAAUGUUAAGAAAAACAUUAUUCUACAGCUGCUUCUAAGUAACACCAGAGACUUGAAGGACACUUAAUGAUAACUUGAAAUUCUCAUUCUGAAAUGUUCGUGUGGGAGACGAAAGAUUUUGGCUCUUCCUUAAGAGAGAGGUUAUUCUUUGAAAUGUGAGAGGUAUUGGAAAAGACAGCAUUACUAUUUACAGAAAGUGAUGGAAUACAUGUAUUCAAAGUUAGUAAUGGCACAUAAAUUUGAAACUCUUACAUGAUUUUAAAAGGAGGAGGAUCAGAGUAGAGCAAAUACUGCUUUGCCUCUAGAAACUGUAACCUUAAAAAUGAACUAGAAAGCAUUGCUAGUACACGUCUUACUGGAGCCUGGAACAGUGGAAAAACAAUGUGGUGGAAGAGGAAAAGCUUUGUGUAAGGGCUGAAAAGGGAAGGUACUUCAGUUACCACUGUUGCUACCACCAGGUUUCUGCAGUGGUAAGCAACGUGUGGUGAAUGGAUGAUGGAGCAGUAUAGUUGCAUUUAUUGUAAAUAAAUACAUAUUUUCUUUUUUUGUGAAUAUCUUCCUCAUCUAUAUGACAUAUAUAGAAGACAGAGCAAUUAUUCUGUGGCAGGGUGUGUUGUCUUUAUAAACACUUGUAAUCAAGUGUAAAAAAAAUUGAGGGCUUGAGAGCUUGAAACCAAUUCCUUAGUCCUCCAUUUCAGGUUUCUACUC